CCAGCCCCGGAGCCGGCGGUGCCCGGGCAGAGCAGGGUUAAGGGAGCGGGGCUGGGCAGGAGCGGAUGUGCCCGGCCCCGAGCAGGAGCCGUGAGCUCCCGGCGCUUCCAGCUGCCGCGGGAUCGAGUUGUGAAAGGUGUUACAUUUAGCACACUGGACAAGACAUCUGAUAACUGAAUAAUUAUGUUCAGGAGCAAAGCAUCGAGUCUGUCGAAACUGAUUCCCUCGAUGUUCAGCCAGUCAAAUUUGGUUUACAAAUUUAUUCAUCCAGUUAUUGCUUCUCAUGGACAUUGCUGUCACAGAAAUGUGAUUUACAAACAGAGGUACAGGACUCUCCACCUUAGUGCUGGAAGGCGAACAAUAAGCACUAGGACAAAGGUCAUGUCAGAAGGAGAGUUGCCCUCUGUUUUGAUCCUGGAUAUAGGAGGAACUCAUGGUGUGCUAGAAGACCUUGCAGAACUUUUGAAGAAACACUUUCACCUUAUCACCAUGAAGGAAUUUCUUGGAAACAAAGAAGAAAUGAGGAAAAAAAUCCAAUCUGUUUUUGUGUUUGAGUGCAGGCCAACUAUUGACCGCGAGCUUCUAGAAAGCCUGCCUAAUUUAAAGAUAAUUGCAAACUCCGGGGUUGGAGUGGAUCACUUAGACUUGAAAAUGAUCUCAAGCUUUGGUGUAAAAGUGACCAACACCCCACACGCUGUGGCAGACCCAACAGCAGACAUAGGAAUGGCCUUGAUGCUGGCCUCUGCUAGAAGACUAGUGGAAGGCUGCCACAUUGCUGUGUCUCCAGACACAAAGUAUUUUGCUGUUGACUGGCUGGGAGUGGAAGUAACCAGAGCGACACUUGGGAUCAUUGGGAUGGGCAGCAUUGGAUACAAAGUGGCUCAGAGAGCCAGGGCCUUCAACAUGAGGAUCCUGUACCAUAACAGAAACCGGAGAAGAAAGGAGGAGGAAGAGGCUGUUGGUGCCCACUACUGUGCAAAGAUGGAAGACUUGCUGCAGCAAUCUGACUUUGUUAUGUUGGUUGUGAACCUGACUCCUGAGACUCACAAACUGAUUGGGAAAAAGGAGUUGGGGCUGAUGAAACCCACAGCUACUCUUGUAAACAUCAGCCGAGGUGCCGUUAUUGAUCAAGAUGCAUUGGUAGAAGCUCUCCAGAAUAAGGUUAUUAGGGCUGCAGCUCUGGACGUGACAUAUCCUGAGCCCCUGCCAAGAGACCAUCCUUUAUUAAACCUGAAUAAUGUGAUCAUAACCCCGCACAUUGGAACCGCAACAGUCCAGGCCAUCCGUAUGAUGGCAGAAGAAGCCAUAGCAAACAUGCUGGCUGUUCUCAAUGACCAACCCAUUCCAAGUGAAGUGUUUCCCAAAUGAUGAGUGCUAGAUGAUGCCACUAAAUCUCCUGUCUACAGGAAGACACUAUUUCUUACCACUUUUAAGCUGAAUAAAAAAGCAACCUGUUCCUGCACUGCUCAUCAUGAUGCUGCAAAACUGUCAGACUUGAUCUGUUCUGUUACUUACAAUUUGUGAAAAACGCCAAUCACUUGCUGGUUACCAAAAGUUUAAUAGUAAUAAAAUGGUUAUAAAAAUAGUAGCACAAAGUAGAGCAAUAAGAAUUUGGACAAUCAGAGUUAGGAUAAUAAAGGACAGUAAAAGCAAAGAAUUACCAAUGUAAUUGGAUGCUUUCCUCUUGAAAGAAUGGCUCGCUAACAAAGGAUUAACUCUUAAAAGCAAUAGCCUGUUGCAUAUUCAUAUAUCUCACACAUGAUGCAUACAUUCCUUUCCACCUAGGAAUUUCUCUGGUUAUUGUCAACUUUGCCCCCCUUAAUCCUGUUGGCACCUCAAAGACAAGAUCGAGGUGGAAGGUUUGUCUUUUCCGAUAAGGGGGAAAUAAUUAUUCUCUUGGGGAUUUAGUGUCUUGUUGCUGUUAUCUCUGUGCGAAGAAUUUCUUGAGCUAGUUAGAAAAAGUACCUUACAUCGCAUAGUUUUUAUUUUAAUAUUAUAGCAUAAAACUAUAUUCAGCACACUACUGAAAAGGAUUAAUGCAGUAUAACUUUUUAACCUAACACAUAAUAAUAUUCAUUUUAUUAUUGGCAAAAAGCCAAUCAUAAAAUACGCAUUUUUCACACAAUUCAAAAAAAUAAAGUGAAACUAAUAAAAGAGAUUUGUUUGAAGAUUUUAACUGAGCAGUUAUGCAUUUUGGUAUCUUCAGUCUAUUUUGGUGAAUAGCCGUGUUCUGUUCCUAGUUCUUGCUGCUAUAUAAUGAUAAGCAAGUGCACCUGGCAAUUUUUAUAACACUCCAGUCUGUUGAAGAUGAAUAAGCAUUGAUUCCCUGCAGAAGUUUGGCUUUUCAACCAAUAUUCCAAUAUUCUGUUUUUAUAUGAAAACAAUGAAGAAAUGUUCUUUAAAGUGAUUGUAGGCCUAAGGUUUUCUAAUUUAAGAAGAGCCCUGCUUCAUCUACAUGUUAAAGCAAAGCCAGUUGUUGAAAAGGUGUCAUUUUUCAUGUGGGUAUCCUUUGAAAACCAAAGUAAAUUCCAAGAGAUUUAGUUUCUCCAUGCAGACAAAAAUGAUGCUUUUAUCUUG